AUGGCGUCCUUACCCAGCCUGCUCCGCGGCACUGAGACAGCUGAGUCACACAUACGUUUAGACCAGACCUGAUAAAUAGAUACAGAUACAGUACUGAGCCACAAAAGAGCCGCUUCAGACGAGAAACUACACUGAAUCCGAGCCCAGCUGCCUCUGACACUGCGUGGCAAGAUGCUGACGAUAACACUGAAGACGCUCCAGCAGCAGACGUUCAAGAUAGAAAUCGACCCAGAGCUGGCGGUGGCAGCCCUGAAGGAGAAAAUAGAGAAGGACAGAGGAAAAGAUGCAUUUCCUGCUGCAGGACAAAAACUAAUCUAUGCAGGUAAAAUCUUAAACGACGACACCCCGCUGAAAGAGUACAAAAUCGAUGAGAAAAACUUUGUGGUGGUCAUGGUUACCAAGCCUAAAGCAGCCCCUCCUCCACAAGCAGCCCCUCAGCCAACUCCCCAACCAGCUGCAGCUCCAGCACCACCCCCAGCCUCAGACCCAGCACCGACCUCUGGCCCAACACAAGUGCCCUCCACACCAACACAAACAGAGUCUGCACCCACACCUGCCCCACAGUCAGUGCCUCCCUCUGAAUCCCCGCCCCCGGUCCCAGAAAACACCCCCCUGGCUUCUGUUGAAGCAACAGCAGCUCUGGACUCCAACACAGCCCCGGACUCAGCUCCGGCUGCGGCCUCGGCUACAGAUACUACUCCAGCCUCUGCCCCGGCUCCAGCUGCUGAAGCUGUUCAGACGGCCCCGGCCCCAGACCCCGCAGACCGCUCCACCCCUACAACCCAGCCAGAAGAAAAGCCAACGGAAGACCCUGAGAAUGAACCGUCUGCCACUGCACAAGUCCACUACACUGCUUCCAGCCUCGUUGAUGAACUGGGUCUCCUUGAAGAAGCUGCGUCAAUACUGGUAACAGGUCCAGCCUAUGAGAACCUGGUGUCAGAGAUCAUGUCUAUGGGUUACGAGCGGGAGCAGGUAGUCGCUGCACUCAGAGCCAGUUACAACAACCCAGACCGAGCAGUGGAGUAUCUGCUCACGGGUAUUCCAGUAGAGGCCAGUGAUCUGCCACCUCAGGAGCCGGUUAGACAGAGUGCUCCAUCUAACCCCCCCAGUGCUCCAUCCAACCCAUCCAACCCCCCAACCCCUGCUACAGAAGAACCACGGCAGCCCCCAGCAACCUCAACCACAGGGCCAGUGUCUGGCAGCCAGCUUCCCUCUGCUGGCGGAGGCUCUGUCUCUACAGGGAACCCUCUGGAGUUCCUGAGGAACCAGCCUCAGUUCCAGCAGAUGAGACAGAUCAUCCAGCAGAACCCGGCCCUCCUACCGGCCCUUCUGCAGCAGCUAGGCAGAGACAACCCGCAGCUGCUGCAGCAAAUCACACGGCACCAGGAGCGUUUUGUGCAGAUGCUGAAUGAGCCACGAGGUGGAGACAUGGCAGGGGAGGGGGCUGAGGCCCAGGGGUCCCCACAAACCAACUACAUCCAGGUCACCCCACAGGAGAAGGAGGCCAUUGAGAGGUUAAAAGCGCUGGGCUUUCCUGAAGGCUUAGUCAUCCAGGCUUACUUCGCCUGCGAAAAGAACGAGAACCUAGCUGCUAACUUCCUGCUACAGCAAUCAUGGGACGAUGAGUAACCGACACAUCACCUGACACAUCACCGUUCAACGGAGUAGACGACAGCCCCACACGAGGUCCGCCAUGGAGGAACGAGAACAGGAGACGGAGAGGACAAUUCUUUUAACGCCAUGUGACUGUGGUCUGGUGAUGGGGGUGACGGUGAUGAUGAUGAUGACGAGCUGUUCAAAGUUAGCUGUGCUGCUUCCCCUCCAUUCAGCUGAGAUGAUCAUCAUAGAGAGGCGAGUCCCUCCCCUCCCGGUGGACCCCAUGGGACCUUAUUUCGGAACAAAUAUGUACGGUAGUCAACGGAGAGGCAAGACAGACAGUCAAGACGGUCUCAGUUUGUCUUAGUAUCAUUUAGUUUUGUGUGAAACCGCCCAGUGAACUACAUCUCUCGUCUCGUACUAUGUAUAUCACCAACACUAACCUAGCUAUGUUCAACGCACAAAUGAAACGUUAUCUUACCUGAUGUGUUUUAUCCAGCGACUCCUGGUCUUUUUAUCAGCCGGGAAGAGAAAGAAGGAUCAGACCCGUUGCUGGUGUGAGUUCAUCCCAGUACGUAACUUUUGGAUGUGUAGUCUUUCUGAUUACGUAUUUUCACAGUCUGAUACUUCAACUGCGACUUUCUUGACUUGCAAAACGAUGUUUUAAAUUGAUAAACAUCAUAUGCGUGAUUCAAACAGGAUCAAAAAAAUAUAUGUGUCUCUCUGUUGACUACCGUUCAUAUUUGUUCCAAAAUAAGGUCCAAUGGUGGUCCACCGGAAGGGGCGGGACUUCGCGUCUCUAUAGCAGCUCAAACUGAGCUGUGCCUCACUGCUGCUAUCAUUACUGCCGCUGCUUGUGCCGAGUGAUCACACUGAGAGAAGUCACGCCAGGAAACACUGUCAACAGUCUGCAUCACCUUCACAGGCCAACAGGCUCACGCACUGCCUGUACAACAGGUGUUAGACUAGUGUAUACACUACAGAAUGUAUCUGUCGUGAAUAUAUACCAUGGAUGUAUAAUAAAAACUGGGAGCCAGAAAACUUUUUGUUGGCGUAUGCACCAGUCAAGCAAUUCUUCUCAUACUGAAUAGGCGCUUUCUUGGGGUCCAGUAUCCAGUUCUUAUAACACAUUCAUGAUAUGUACAUGAUAAAAACAACAUGUGCAUUUGCAAACCCUCCAUGUUGGGUUUACCUGAAAAUGUGAUGCAAACUGUUGACUUUACUGUUUGAGAGCUAGCAUUGCUUUAUAUUAAAGUUCAGGUCUGAUCAUUUAAUUUAUUCUGUUUCUUUUAUCCAUGGUAAAAAAAAAGAUCCCAAACACUCAGACUCCAGAUAGCAAAAAUUCCGGUGGAUUUUGACCUUUAAUUAUUAACCAUGCAGAUGUGGUUCUAUCCAAGGAAAAUUAGAAAAUGCUGCCGAAGUAUUUGAAACUUUGCCACUUAUUCCUGCCAGAAAAGAACAACUUGAUGAAAUCUUAGGCUGGAAAGUCAAAAUUCAGUCAUUUUCUUGUUUUUGUCUUUAUUUUUUACUUAAAAAUAAAAAACGUUGACUUGGUAUACAUUAAUUUUGAGGGAAGUCAAUAUUUCACUUUUUGUCUUGUUUUGACUUACCGUAUGUAAGACAAGACAUUUGACGUAGUAUUUAACUAUUUUGAAUUAGUAUUUAAAGGAACAGUGUGUAGCAUUUAGGAGGAUCUAUUGGCAGAUAUGGAAUAUAUUAUUAAUAGUGUUUUCUUUAGUGUAUAAUCACCCAAAACUAAGAAUCGUUGUGUUUUUGUUACCUUAGAAUGAGCCCUUAUAUCUCCAUACGGAACGGGUCUUCUUCACUGCUUCACUGAUUCUACAGUUGCCCAGAACGGACAAACCAAACGUAGUUCUCCAACACGUUUGGCAAACGGGAGAAGUUUCAGUUGGUUGUAAUCUGCAACCUGACCGCUAGAUGCAGCCAAAUCCUACACACUGCACCUUUAAUCAUUUUUAAUUAGUAUCUCAGAAGUUUGACUUUGAUUUCGCAAGUCUUUUAUUAUUUUGACUCACCACAAGUAUAUAUUUAUAUUUAUUUAAAUUAUUCUCAACUUUUUUGUUGAUCCUAUUUAUUUUUUUUUUUUUGGCAGAAAUGGGCUUCCAAAAGCAAAGUUUGGUAAAAAUCAGUCACAACACGUUGCACUCCAUUUUGAACAUACAAUGAAUCAGUUGUGCAGUCACAGUAUAUUAUGAUUAUUGUUGUCAAGAUUGUGUGUGCUGUGGUAUUUAGUGGGAGAAGAGAGCACACCCAGAUGCAGCACUUGAAUUGUCAUUUUGUUCUUUCACUGUGGAGGGUUUGUUUGUUUGUUUGUUUGUUUGGUUGGUUAUUUUGCAGAUGAAGGGAUUUGAAGGUUGAUUAUGAUGUGCCACAUAGCAUGCUUUGUGAGCUAAAUAUUUGACUUUAAAAAGGAAAGUUGUGUUCUUCUUAGUAUUUCAUUAGCUGGAAUGAUCAAACAUAGUCCACUUCCGACGUUCACACUAUCUGCCUCUGUUCCAUUUGUCUCAUAUCACAUCUUCUAUGCAUCUUAAAGCUGUACGAGUUUGAGCCAUUGCUCCUUCAUGCCUUAUGGUUGUUCAAGACUUGAACGUUUUUCAUUUUACAAAUGGGGUUAUAGUUUACAGGUAAGUGUUUUGGACAUUUCACAGACGAGUGUCCUAGGAUUGGUGAUCAUCGUUAUGUUUUUAAUUAUUGAUAAUUAAUCCGUCAUUGUUUCUAAAGUGGACUAAAGGGAAUUUGAAUAAGUGCUAGAAGCCAAAACAAAAUAUAUAUUUUUUUCAGCUUUCAGCAUGUCUCUCCUUUUACUUCUCUUUAUUGUGUUUGAACUGGAAAUGACUGGAAGUUUUGUAUUAUAUUGUAAAUGGGGUCUACAAACUUUGGGGAAAAAGGCACUUUACUGUGACAAAUGCUGUUCUGUAGCUGUGAGGGGUUGUUGGUUGCAUGCGAUUGUUACAGAGUUAUUUAUAGCAUGGCAGUGGGUUUGGAAUGAUGAAACCACCAGUGUGGUGUUGCUCUGAUCUCAGUUUAUCUGUUGUUUUACCCAUUAUGUCUUUUUUUUGGAUUUAUAAAAACAUACUUACAACUUUAAAUACACCUGUUGAGGAUUUGCUGAAUAGUUGUGAAAAACUUUUGUUAAAGCAUUGUGUAAAAUAAAUGGCUUUUACAAAGUGG